AUGUCUGUGGAACCCCCCAGAUUCCCGUUCCAGCGUGCCUCGGGCAUGGAACCGCCUGCAGAGUACGCUCGUCUGCGAGCCACAGAGCCUGUCUCACGGGUUACGUUGUUCGACGGCAGCUUGGCCUGGCUUGUCACCAAAUACAAAGAUGUCACACAAGUCGCAACUGACAACAGGCUGUCCAAGGUACGUGACAGGCCUGGCUUCCCAGAGUUGAGUGCCGGAGGCAAGGCUGCUGCCAAGGCCAAGCCAACCUUUGUCGACAUGGAUCCGCCCGACCACAUGCACCAAAGGCAAGUUCCCUUUAUCCAGAAAACAGUCGACGACCUCCUGGCCGCUAUGAAGGCGAAGGGUUGCGCCGCCGCACCCGUCGACUUGGUCAAGGAAUUUGCACUGCCGGUCCCCUCCUAUAUCAUUUACACCAUCCUCGGCGUGCCAUUCAGCGACCUGGAAUAUCUCACACAGCAAGUUGCCACCCGAUCAAAUGGCAGCGGAACAGCCAGAGAGGCUUCAACGGUGAGCCAAACUGACGGUGUGACAUGCAGGGAACUGCUGAAUUACAUUGGCACCCUUGUCGACAAGCGCCUCGCUGAGCCGAAGAAUGAUCUCAUCAGCGAACUGGUUGUCAACCAGAUUGCCUUCCUCCUGCUUGUCGCGGGCAACGCAACGCUAGUCAACAUGAUCAACCUGGGCAUCGUGACGCUAUUCCAGCACCCGGAUCAGUUAGAUCAACUGAAAUCAGAUCCGUCCCGGGCAGGCGCCUUUGUCAAGGAGCUUUGCCGCUACCACACCGCAUCGGCACUGGCAAUGAAGCGAACGGCAAAGGUUGACGUCGAAAUCGGGGGACAGCGUAUUAAAGCCGGAGAAGGCAUCAUCGCGUCCAACCAGUCGGCGAAUCGGGACGCCGACAUCUUUACCGACCCCGACACAUUCGAUAUGAACCGUACGUGGCCUGCCGAGGACCCUCUAGGGUUUGGUUUUGGCGACCACCGAUGCAUCGCGGAGACCUUGGCGGUGGCAGAGCUCACCACUGUGUUUGGUACGUAG